AUGUCAAUAUGUACAUGCUCUUGGGUGGAUUAGAUUGGUCUGGUUGUUAUCUGUAACCUGUAAAUCAUGGAACCUGAUACUAUAUCAAUGUCCGUAUUAUUCAUGUCCUAUGACAUAAUGUGUUUGAUGUGUAUUUCUAUUGCCCUCUUGGCCAGGUCUCCAUUGGUUUCCUCAAUAGGAUAAAUACAGAUGAAAUUAAGGUUAAAUCAACAAAAAUAGAAUCAUCUCAAUCAUGUUCUCUUCUUAUAUGAAAUUAUCCUCUCUCUACUCUCUGUUGGCUGCAGUGAGACUCCAGUGCAAGUCCCCCCCCCCCCUGGCUGGCCCAGACCACGUUGAUGCUGUUGUGCCCACGCCGCCUCCCUCCUCCCCUUUUACUCCGGCGUUCCCCCCAUUGCUACUUCCAGUGAUGGCUAUGAGUACCGACCCGGGCUGCAGAAGGGACGACUCUGACCCUGACUCAAUGACCCCUGACCCCAGUAACCUCACCGCCAUGAUGGCCGCAGUCACCAUGAAGACCACCGAGACAGACGUCUCACCGGCCAAUGGCGUGAGGAACGGGGCUCAGCAGGGCGGAGCUAAAAGGGGCCCUCCUUCGCGGGCGCACCUCUCAGGGAGGAAGCUGUCGCUACAGGAACGAGGGACGUACCCAUCAGAGGGGACUCACGUCUCCCCCCGUGUGGCACGCAGACCCACGGUGGAGUCCAAGCAGGUCUCCAUCUCAGAUGCAGAGGACUGUAUCCAGCUAAACCAGUACAAGCUGAAGAGUGAGAUCGGCAAGGGCUCCUACGGGGUUGUCAAACUGGUCUACAAUGACAAUGAUGACAAUCACUAUGCCAUGAAGGUGGUGUCCAAGAAGAAGCUGAUGAAGCAGUAUGGAUUUCCACGUCGCCCCCCUCCGAGAGGUCCCAAGGCUGCAGUCCAGGGGGAGCAGCCCAAAGUCCUAGGCCCCCUGGAGAGGGUGUACCAGGAGAUCGCCAUCCUCAAGAAGCUGGACCAUCUCAACAUAGUCAAACUGGUGGAGGUGUUGGAUGAUCCUGCAGAGGACAACCUUCACAUGGUGUUUGAUUUGAUGCCAAAAGGUCCAGUGAUGGAGGUCCCUACAGACAGCCCCUUCACUGAGGACCAGACACGCCUCUACUUCAGAGACAUCGUCUUGGGCAUGGAGUACUUGCACUACCAGAAGAUAGUCCACCGGGACAUCAAGCCUUCUAACCUGCUGCUGGGUGACGACAGUCAUGUGAAGAUUGCCGACUUUGGGGUCAGUAACCAGUUUGAGGGCAACGAUGCCUUGCUCUCCUCCACGGCUGGGACUCCUGCCUUCAUGGCUCCAGAGACCCUGUCAGACAUCCGCCAGAGCUUCAGUGGCAAGGCAUUGGACGUAUGGGCCAUGGGAGUAACUCUCUACUGCUUUGUGUUUGGGAAGUGUCCGUUCAUUGAUGAAUACAUCCUGGUUCUACACAAUAAGAUCAGAACUAAAUGUGUGGAGUUCCCAGAGUCGCCAGAGAUUAGUGAAGAGCUGAAGACUCUGAUCCAGAGAAUGUUGGACAAGAACCCAGACACCAGGAUCACCAUACCUGAGAUCAAGUUGGACCCGUGGGUGACCCAGGAUGGUUGUGACCCCUUACCUCUAGAGGAGGAACACUGUACCGUGGUGGAGGUCACCGAGGAGGAGGUGCAGAACUCUGUCAAGUUUGUCCCCAGCCUUUCUGCCGUGAUCCUGGUGAAGGCCAUGCUGAGGAAGAGGUCGUUCGGUAACCCCUUUGAGUGUCCCAGAAGUAGAGAGGAGAGGUCCAUGUCUGCACCUGGCAACCUGUUAAUGGACGUGUGGCCGUUCCGCCACUCUUUAAAACUCCACCCCUCUCUAAGGAAGGGCAGCAGUGGAGAGGGCAGUAGGGAGGGAGAGCUAGAAGACCUGGAUGAAGAUGAACCCUCUUCUCCAGUCAGCACAGCCCAGCUUAGCUCCACACAGGCGUCUGAGCCACCUCCUCCCCUUUAAGAACUAUAUGCCCUUCCCCUUUAAACCCCCAUCUGUACAUUGCCUCUCUCCCAUUAAAUAUAUAAUGCACUCCACUCUUAUGUUCCUGUCCCUCCUCUUCAUCCUUCCCUGAUCUCACCUCACUCCGUCAUCGUGUGUAAUUACCCAAAGAAACACAGAGAACUCCGACAGCACUGGAGACCGUACUCAUGGGUUGUUCAGUGGUAAACUCAAGACUCUGUCUGUCUGUCUCUGUCUGUCUGUCUGUCUGUCUGUCUGUCUGUCUGUCUGUCUGUCGCCAUGAUGUCACUGUGAAGAAGAAGACUUGCGUUUUGUUUUGUUAUGUUUUGUUGUCACAAUCAAUGAUGAACGUCAUCACCGUUCAGAGACUCUAUUGAGUCAUCCUUCACAGUCAAUGGACAAUAGGUUUUCCCUAACAGCCUCUUGAGGCAUCCUUCACAGUCAAUGGACAAUAGGUUUUCCCUAACAGCCUCUUGAGGCAUCCUUCACAGUCAUGGACAAUAGGUGUUGUACAUAGAUCAGAAAUGUGUCGGUCGGUAUCAUGUCAAUGUUGUUGUCUAGCUAGCUCACCCAUACAUGCUAAGCUGUUAACAUAAACCUUCCACACACAGUGCCGUCAGAAGCCUUGUUGAACUGGUUGAUUGGUUGUGACACACACACACACACACAAACACACACACACACACACACACACACACACACACACACACACACACACACACACACACACACACACACACACACACACACACACACACACACACACACACACACACCCCCCAGGUGCUCACCACAGGGUGCUGCGGCUUUGAUUGGUUCCAUAGAUCCGCUGCUUUGGUAAUAUUUACCCUGAUAAUGAACAGAAAUCAGCUUCCAGGAACCAUUAUUAGCAUAACUCAAACACACACACGCACACACACACAGACGUACGGAUAUACACACACACACACACACAGACGUACGGAUAUACAUACACACACACACACACAGACGUACGGAUAUACACACACACACACACACACAGACGUACGGAUAUACACACACACACACAGACGUACGGAUAUACACACACACACACACAUAAACAGACACACACACACACACCUCCGUUUGACCUCCAGUCGACAGGCCAUGUCACAGGCUGUCGUCUUGUCUUCAUCUCUGUUGCUCUCAUCUUCUCCUCUAACGCAUCCUCUUCACCCAUUAACACUUUCUCCUUCUUCCAUCACUGUUAUAUCUGACUCAGAAACCGUGCGCGUGUGUGUGAUUGAUCAUCUCCAGUCGGGCUGUGAUCAGUAAUCAGAGGCAGAGCAUCUUUCAGAACUUUAGUAGCUGUCAUGGUGUGUUUCAUUGUUUGGUCGUGAGUAGCACCAACAGCUGAAGAGAGGAGACUGUUAAGUCACUCUGUCUGUCUGUCUGUCUGUCUGGCUGGCUGGCUGGCUCUCUCUCUCUCUCUCUCUCUCUCUGGAAGUGUGUUGUCACUUUCACAGCUCUGCCAGGGACCAUUACAAUAUGGUGACUAGGAACACCACUAGCAACAACAACGUCUCUAUAUUCACAACAACACAAUCCCUACAUCUCUUCAGAUUUGAUGCAAUUCUAUUGUGCAAAACACUCCAUUGAGGACUGAUAGCACGAAAUGCCUUUCUUGCCACCUCUAAACCGACAAUGUAGUAAUCAAUAACAAUGUGUAUGUGUAUGUGUGUGUGUGUGUGUGUGUGUGUGUGUGUG